CAUUCUUCGCCCAAAAACCGACGUCACCGGAAACGUUCUGAUUCUUCCAUUUCGAAUAACCGCGAAAUGGAACUACCUUAUUGAAAACGACGCUAAACCCUUCCAAACCCGAAAUAAUCGACAAUUCUGCACUCAUCUUGAACAUAAGUGUUUUGUCUUUUCUAAAUCAUGUGUGUUCUAAUCUUGAAAGGAAGUAGAUAACAUUUCUCCUGCAUAAACAACCGAAAGUCAGUCAGUAUUAGCACUAGUUCAGCAGCAACCAGCGAUCUUCAAAAUGAGCAUCUGGAUAAUCGCACUUUUCCUAUCAGUGCUUCAACUGGCUGUGAGUGAAGAUCUGCUGGUUCCGACUAGCAAUGGCCUGAUCAAGGGCCGAGUUGAACUCACCGAAUUCACCAACCGAACCUAUUUUGCUUUUUACGGGGUGCGAUACGCACAACCGCCGGUUGGAAGUCUUCGCUUUCAGGCCCCCGUCCCAGCGGAGCCUUGGAGCGACACAUACGAUGCAACGUACGAAAAAAACUACUGCUUCCAAGUGACGACUGAUUCAGAAGGCGAAAAUGAGGAUUGCUUGUUCUUGAAUGUCUUCUCAUCCAAAAAGCCUGAACAAGGCUCCUUGGUGCCAGUGAUGUUCUUCGUGCAUGGAGGAGGGUUCAAGGAAGGCUCCGGCCUGGUAAAUGCGGGAUAUGGCCCGGAAUUUUUCAUGGAUUACAACGUGGUGCUGGUGUCCAUCAACUACCGCCUAGGGCCUUUUGGUUUUCUUGCAACCAGCGACGGAAUAAUCCCGGGCAAUGCUGGCCUGAAGGACGUCCAUCAAGCUCUGCAGUGGGUCCAUGAAAACAUCGAAUUCUUCGGCGGCGAUCCGGAAAAAGUGACCAUUUUCGGAAACAGCGCUGGAUCGGCGUGCGUCUCCUACCAGCUCCUGCAUCCUCAAUCUCAAGGCCUAUUUAGGGCGGCCAUUCUACAGAGUGGCACCGCCCUCAAUCCCUGGGCCUACCAGCGGGACCAGGAGUGGAUUAGCUUCAGAACCGCUGCUUAUAUGAACGAAAAGUUCAAUUCCUCUGAGCAGCUAAACUCCUCAGAGCUGCUGGAGUUUCUACUCGGAGCUGACGCCAGGGACAUUGACGCUGCCUCCAAGUCGCUCUCCAAUACUGAAAGUACUGCAAACCUGCAAAUUCAGCAAGGAUUCUACUAUGGGCCCGUGAUAGAAAGGCACGAGAACAGCCCGUUUUUAACCACCUUGCCCUAUGAGGGUUUGAAGAAUGGCGAUUACCUUCAAGUGCCCAUCAUGAUCGGCACUACUGCUGAAGAAGGCCUCUCUAUGUUAACAGACUAUUUCCACUGGACACUAGCUGAUUACGACAGCAACUUAAAGCUCCUGGUGCCCGCCGGUUUGCACAUUUCAGACGAAAACCUGCAGGCUGAAGUGGGCGCGUUGAUUAAACAGGAAUACACACCAGACGCGCAGUUUCAGGACAACAUUUUAGCAGGAAUUCAGUUUCACUCGGAUCAGGACUUUAGCAAGUCGCUAAUCAAAGACGCAAAACUGCAGUCUUCCAGAGCACCAGUUUACUUUUACGAGUUUACCUAUCAUGGAGCCAUGGGCGACUUUCCGCAAGAACUAAUGGGGGCCGGCAAUGUGAGUCACGGCGAAGACCAAAACUACAUCUUCAACAGGGUGAUGUGGUACAGCCAAUUGAAUAACGCUGAUCUAAGCCAAUUCAGCGAGCAGGACCAAACAGUCCACUACCGAUACUUGAAGCUGCUGGUAAACUUCGCCACUUAUCUGGACCCCACACCUGAGGAUGACGAUUUGUUACAAAACAUCCAUUGGCCAGUGGUUCAAGCUGAUAAUUUCCAGUAUUUGGAAAUAGGAACGAAUCUGUCGGUCGGGAAGAACCCUAAAGGCGACAGGCAGCUGUUUUGGGAGCACAUUUUCACUACUUACGGUCUGGAGCCUUUCGAAACGUUUUGAGAGCCGAAGUAAAACUUGAAAGCGAAAAAUAUAACAAUUUUAUUUGAAUUGCGUGAUAUAAACAUUAAGUAUAUAAAUACAAUAUUAAUGUGUGGGAAUAAUCUAGUCUUAGUCUAGACAGGCAAGAUCGAUCAGAAAACAAUUAGUAACGUACAAAAAGUUUCAUAGUUAUAAAAAAUAGAAUAAAAUAAAUAGGCGCGAUAAAAUAUAUAUAUAUAUAUACACUGAGCGUUAGUAGUAAAACCUAACGAUCUUUAUAAACAGAAAGAAAAAAUCAAAAACAAUAUACAUUUGUACUGUAAUUUAAUAAUCAACUUGUACAGUCACCUAGUAUAAAUAUUAUUAUAAAAAGCAUAAAAUAAAAUAAAAUAAUUAGAUG